AUGACUACACCAACAACUCAACAACAGCAAAGCAAAACACCAACAACAGAAGGCAAUCAUCACAAUGAAUUCUUCUUCAAUGCAUCAAACGUGCCGAAACCUCUAAAACUCAGUCUUCGAUCCAAAAUCAAAAACUAUAUGAAACAUAAUGGUUACUUUUUGGAUAUGGAAAUUCUUCAGGUGAUAAUUUCCUUUCUCUUUUUUGUUAUUUUCAUUGCGGACGUUUACACAAAUUUUGUUUUCUAUUCGCAAAUUUAUCCUCAAUCAAGACCAACUCCUGAAAAUUCCUUCUCACUCUCGGAUCAACAUAUUCAAUUCAUGUUGCAGAGUAUAUUCAUUUGUGAUUUGAUACUGUGUACCAUAACUGUUUCAUUGUGGUUCGUUUCCUUUCUCCUCACCAAACAUAAACUCCGUUAUUUGAUUCAUCCCAACUCUAUAUUGGAUUUUAUAACUGUAGUUCCAAUGAUUCCAUUAUGUAUUUACAUCAUCUAUUGUAUUCAUGCGUAUGGUGUGGAAAAUGAUAGAAUGUUGGUGGUGAAUAGAGAUCAGAAGAUUAUGCUCUAUGUGAACAUGUUUAACAUUUCAGUAAUGAUUUCAAUUUUCAGAUUAAUUCGAUUGGUGAGGAUUGUUUUUGUCUUGACUUGGAAGAGGAAUAUACUACACUAUGUUUUGGAGAAUAGUUUUGGAUUUGGACCAACUCUACAAGUACAAAUUGCUUGUCUUAUUGCAUUAAUUGUUACAUUGAUGGUUUUGUUUGCUGGAACUUUUCAAAUGAUUGAAUUCUUAUUUGGUGGACAUGUUCUUUCAUUACAUGAUUCAAUCUAUUUCAUGGUAAUUACCAUGGCUACCAUUGGAUAUGGUGAUAUUUCUCCAACUACUUUUGCGAGUAAAUAUUGGACGAUUGGCUGCUUUCUGGUUGGAAUUACAUUCAUUCCCUAUCAAUUGUCUUUGUUAUUAUCGACAAGCGAAAAGGCAAUUUUCAGAGCUCGACAUGCCAAUUUGAAAAAUCAUGUCAUUGUUUGUGGAUACUUUCACAAGCAAGAUGUAUUGGACUUUCUAAAAGAAUUCUAUCAUUCAAUGCAUGGAAAGAAUACGAAAAAAUCCUUGAUUGUUUCCAGAAAUAAGAAGUUGUGUGAUUCAAUUUUGGAAGUUAUCAAAGUGAGACAAUACCUUCAAGAAAAGGUUUUAGUUUUCCAUGGAGAUUUGAUGGAUUAUGAGACGAGUAGAAUUAUCAAAGUUCAUGAAGCUCACUCUGUGUUCCUUCUCAAUUGUAUUAAACAUUCUAAUCCUAGACAUAAUGAUACGUCAAUAAUGGUGGCAACUAUUGGUCUGAAAAAUAUUAAUCCAGAUCUGGAUAUUUAUGCACAAGUGACAUUACCUGAAUCAAGAGCAUACUUGUAUAAAGCAGGUGCCAAACAAGUUAUUUGCACAGAAACUAUUUCAAGUAAGAUUAUGGGUAUGAGUGUUGUAUAUCAUGGAUUUAGUACACUCUUAAUCAAUCUCGUCACGACAACCUAUGUUAGAAAUGCCAUUGAAACCCACAAGAUGAUUAUGGAACAAGAGAAGAAAAAGCCCUGGAUUCCAUUCCUUAAAAAGAAGUUAGAUCCUGUAACUUCUGCUGAAAGUCUGUGGAUAUUUGAAUAUCUGGACGGACUAGGAAAUGAAAUAUAUUGUGUGAGAUUCUCGCCAUUUUUUGAAGGAAUGACCUUCAUUAAGGCAGUCGUUUUCAUCAGAGAGAAUCUUGAUCUCACCUUACUGGCCAUGGAAUACUUGGAUAAUCAUGAUGAAAGUCUAAAAAGUGUAUCAUUGAAUCCUUUUGAUGAAAUAAUUCAUGUGGAUAAAUGCAAAGCAUUCGUGAUUGCUCAGAGCACGUUUCAUGCCAACCUAGUUUACCUUUUUGAGAAUGCUAAAGCAGAAGACGACAGCCAAUCAGAUAAACACUCAACAAGCUCUGCAGAUACUCAAGAUAUUCCACAACAACCAAUAGACUUGAAAGAAGCUCCAGCACGAAAUGACAAUAAUGACAUGGAAUCCUUUGAAACAUUCUUUGUAAGUGAGGAGAACGCGUAUGAGAAGACAAUCAACGAAGAAAUGGAUGAACCAAAAGUAGAAACUAGACCAAAAUAUCUUCCUACUCGGAGAAAAGUGUUGAAAGUAAGACAUGGACUUCCACCCAAAAGAGGUUCCAAAAAAUGCAUUGAGAGUCUAGGUCCAAGUCAAUCCAAUAUUUCCUUUUCUUCAAAUAUUGAAACUCCACCAGAAGCUGAAAGUCCUUCCAUAUUGACCAAUAGUUCAGACUUUGAUAAUCCCAUAUCUUUUGUCAGUACCAUGUCAGGUAUAGACAAGCAAAUCAUAGAUAUCAAAAAUGUUCCACAUGUUUCAGAGACUGAAAUGAACAAAGGAUAUCUAUUGAGAUUGUUUAGGUCAGUAGCUCCUCCAACUUUCUUUUACAAGAAUUUAGAUGAUUCUGGAGUAUCUUUCAAGCGCUUUCUUAAUGACUUUUACCAAAGUGUUCUAGAAAACUACAAUCUACUCAUCAAGGCUAGACCAAAGAAUGAUUUUUUCCUUCUCUCUAGUACAUGCUCGUUAAAGAAUCAUAUCAUACUUGUGGGAGAAUUGAAAUAUCCUCUUGUCAUCUUAGCUACAAUAAGAUCUAUUAGAAAGAGACAUUUCACUCCAAUACUUAUUAUGGUCUCUCAUACAAAUCUUCACGGCAAUCCAUACGUAGAUUAUCUAUAUGACAGGCUCAAGUUUUUUGAUCAGGUAUUCUUUCUGAAAGGGAAUGCAACAGACGUUUUUGACCUACACAGAUGUGGCUUGUUAAAUGCAGAAGCAGUGGUCUAUCUAUCCAGGCAAUAUGGCUCUCAUGGUCACAAUUCUAAACCAGAAAAUGAUUGUGACUCUCAUGAAGCCACAGACGAUCUUAUUGACACAUCUGAAUACCUUAGGGAUGCAGAAGUUAUCAAACUCAUAGAAUCAAUUAGCUAUAUAGACAGCAAGAAAUUCUUCAUCAUGGAGCUCAAUAACCAAAAGAAUAUCAAAUUUCUAAAACAAGGAGGAUGUUUUUCAAAGAAAUAUGGAGAGAACCACUCUCUUUUCAAAAUAUUCCGUAAUGUUAGCAGUGCCUCUGUUGCCUUUGAUGAUCCAUUACAUUCACUUUCUGACAAGAGUGAUGAGUAUGAUCAGUUCUGUCUAUUGUCUGAGCUUUACUCAAGUGGUAGAAUAUUUCCAAUUAGUUUCAUUCCUAAGCUUUUGGCUCAAUCGUUCUACACUGAUAAGUUGAAUGAAAUUAUUGAGCAUAUGAGCUUAGAUGGUCUCUGCAAUAUGAGCAAGAGUUCUAUAUUUCAAGAAGAUUGUCCUCCAAACUGUUUUGGUAGAGCAGCCAUUGAUGUAUUUCUAGAACUUUGUGAAAUAUCCAAUACAAUUCUGAUUGGACUUUACAGACCCAAGAGAAUAUUUGUAAAUGGCAUUCUAGAGUCAGUUGACAAUGAUUUCUAUUAUGUUUAUACUCAUCCAAGACAAUCCAUCAUCCUCUUGGAAGGAGAUAAGUUAUUCCUCUGUGGAAGAAGAAGUAAAUUUUCAGAUUUUGUGAAUCGUGCCUUCCGAAGAAAGUCCACAACCUCCGUACACACAACAAAAGAACAAGAAGGUCAUAUCAACAUUGAUAUUCCUCCACAGCAUACAAUAGGAGAAGCCUCUCCACGUUCAUCUAGACUCUCCACCACUGUUCAUGAUCUAUUGUCGAGACAAAGCUUUGACCAUUUCAUGUCCAAACAUAAACAAAAGUAA